UGAGGUGAGUUCUCCUCCACUUUUUACAUUAGUUCCAAUCUGAACAUGAAACAUCUGAUCCAGAGUUUCAUGAUAAAAUCUGCCAGAAAUGUUGAUUAUCUCACAAGCUGUGCUGAUUAUUCUCCGCCGUGUGAAACUCAGACGUUCAAUCAUGCUGCUUAAAGACUCUAAACUAAAUUCAUCAGGUGAAUUUGUGUGAACAGAAAAGCUGAACAGAUUCAGGUUUUAAGGAGGAAAAUAAACAACCAAACUCCUCCUGAACAUGAGUUAAGACUUUCUGCAUUCUCAAAGGCUUUUCAUCUCCAAUAAUCUAUGUGAAUAGAUGGAAUCAGAUUUAUAUAAACUAUACUCUGGUACUUCAUUUGAUUAUAUCACACACACUUUUCAGUAGUGUAUUUGUUGUUGUGUGGUUUUCUUUUGUCUGCCUGCUCAGACACAAUACAUGUAUAUUAGCUGCUUGUUAACUCAGCUUUUAAUUGUGCACCAUGUCUGCAAUAAAGAAUAAAAAAGCUUCAACUGAUGUCUGUAACGUGCAUGCUGAUUAAAAUAUUUACUCCCUUCAGUCAGCAGAUCAGUGCUAAAGGACAUGUUUUAAAUCAGUCACAUAGCUAAUAUAUUUUUUUCACGAAAUACUGAUAUGUAACUCAAAAGAAAAAAACAUUAUUCAGCAGCCAGCAGUGUUCCACUGCUAUACGUGACAAGAAACAAGCUGUUACAUAUCCAAAAACCUGAAUUAAUUAUGAAAUAAAAUAAAAACAAGACUUUUUAGGACAUUUUGUGGCCUUAAAUUAGGGAUUUGCAGACACUCAGUUAACAUACAUGAUAGAUAAACUGUGAAUAUAAAGAUGUUCCAACUAUAAAUACUGAUUUCAGGUUCUUACCACACUUAUCCAGCAGCAGGACAACAAGCUCAGACAUCCAGCCAGAGUCAUAAAGAACCAGAGUGGUGGAGAAAUCCUGCAGCAGACUCAAACAAACUGAAUGACAAUAUUUUUCAUUUAUUUUUUGGGUAUGAAAAUCAAUGCAUGAACGCUACAGUAACUAAAAUAUUGUGAAAUUUAGACAACAAAUCAACACAUCUCCCAGUUGGAGUGAAGAACUACAAAUAUGUCAACAAAUGCAGCAGCUACAUCCCAUUAAUAUCCAACAUUAACACUAUUAUAAUCCUUCCAGCUCAUUUUCCAGGAGCUGUUUAUAUCUGGUUUCACUUGGAAACAAACUGGUUUCAAAUAAAAACUAAAGAAGCUAAGCUAGGCUGUUUAUCUGAUAUAUAUAGAUAGAGAUAUAUAGUUUGUACUCCUAUAGUCAACAGGGACAAAAGAAACUUCAAUUUUUAUAUGUGCCCACAUGUAUUACAGUAUGAUGAAUUAUUGCUGCUACUGUUGCUGUUGUGUUUUAUUGUAACAUAGAAAAUUAAUCGUGAGACUUUGUGCUUUCAAAAGAUAUAAAAGAAGCCAAUGUCUUUCCAAAUAAAGGAACAGAAUUUUCAAAAAACUCAGAUUUGAAGCUGGUGUCAAGGCAUUAAAUCUCAGCAACAUUAACAGGAUGUUGAAAGUUAGGUUUAAGUUAAAUUUAAAUCAAUGCUAGGUCUUAUUUAACGUAAGGUUUUAGGUUAAGUUUAAAUCAAGAUUAGGUGUAGUGUAAUGUUUUGUUAAACUUAGGUUUAGGUCAAGUUAAAAUUAGUGUUGCUUUCGUCAACGAAAAUUAUGACGAAAUAUCGUCGUCAACGGACCUUUAUCACUUGACGAAAACGAGACGAGACGAAAUAAUUUCGUCUCGUCUCGGUCAACAAAAAUGAAGAGACAUUUCAGCAGAGUUUUUAUUUUGUAAACUGAAUUUCGUCUCGUUUUUAUUCGUCAACAAUAUUGUAUUAUAUAUUUUAUUAUAGUUAUCGUCACAUAACCACCAUUUACGUUUCGUUUCGUCUCGUUUUUGUCAAGUGAUAAAGGUUCGUUGACAACAUUUCGUCAUAAUUCUCGUUGACGAACGCAACGCUAGUUAAAAUCAAGGUUAGGUCUAGUUUAAGGGUAGGUUAAAAUUAGGUUUAAGUUAGGUUUAAAUCAAAGUUGGGUCUAAUUUAAGGUAAGGUGAAAGUUCAGUUUAAAUCAAGGUUAGGUCUAGUUUAGGUAGGUUAAAGUUAAGUUUUGGUUAAGUUUAAAUUAAGGUUAGAUCCAGCUAGGUUUAGGCUGAUAUUAGAUCAAGGUUAGGUCUAGUUUAAGAUUAGGUAAGUCUCCAUGAAAUUAAUGCAGGUCAUUGUAAUGUGUUUUAAAAUGACAAAGCUUGUCCGUCUGUUUCAGGUUGUGCAGUGUGUUUCCUCCCAGGGUCGGGCAGGUCCGGGAUGUGGUGCACUGUUGUCAUGUCCCUCCUCCAAUAUUGCACUCGUCCCGGCCUCCCCGGCCCAGGGGUCACGACCCCCCACCUCAGGACCAUCAGGAGAGGAUCCCAUCCGGAGAUCACAGAGUCGAGACCAAAGAACUACAGACUCUUCACAACCUGCUCAAACUCUUGGUACAGGACCUCACCACACGGGUCAAGAAGGUUUCCAUCUCAUUUCUACUCUGAAGCUCACCUUCUCCUGCUCAAACUGCUGACAAAUGUUUCUGCUGCUCUAAAGUCUGGUCUCCAGAACUUCCUAAAAACUCUCAAAGUCUCUUCUGCUGCAGGUUGCUUUGUAGAACUGUUGCAGAAAACCUCACUAAACCACAUGGAGGGGCCUCAAGAUAAUCGUCCAAAUGAAACCAUACAAAAACCAAACUAGCACAACCCAAACACUAAAGUCUCCUGCAGCCUACCAGAGAACCUCUGAGAACAGAGAAUCAGGACAGGAAUUCUUACCUUCUGGACAACCAACGUUGGUUCUCAAACAAGAAUACAGAAUGUGUCUGACCAAAAACCUCUGAAGACUCACUACAGCCAAGAUAAAGACACAACUCAGCUGCACCAAAUCCACUAAUCACUGCACACAUUAGCACCAUGUGCUAACUGCAGCUAAAGAACCACAUUUACCAAGACAACUAUCCAGUACAAAGCCCUAAAACACACCAAGAAACACAUUAAAGUCUAUUUUACUGCUGGAAGCUGCAAGCCAACGCCUAAAGAACAAACUAAAGUAAUGGAGCCAAACCCAGUUCAGUGGUGAAUAGAAGCAGAGGAAAUGUUUGUCUGCAGCUAAAUAAAGUAGGAAGACACUGAGCUGCUCAGGUGUUCCUGAUAACACCAAGCAGCCACCUGGACAGCCAAUAGGAACACAGCUUACUGGAAGUCCAGAGGGCUGGGUUAGUGAAGGAAAUUCAGUUUAAAGUUGAAGCAGAAAGUUAACAAAGAAAGUUGAAAACCACCUUCUGAUACCUGAAAUCUCUGAGUUUUCACACAAAGAACACCUGAACAUGUCAAACUGGUUCCAUAGUAGAACCAUCAUUGUAAAAACGUCAUAGUAUGGUGUGUUGCUCAAAAAACAUUAGGACCCGGCUGUCAGGGGACAAACAUGUAAGAAACAUGAGAACAGAGAGAACCCAACCAGUAGGUCACAGUUUAUCAUCCCCCAGUCAUCUCCUGAAGUCCAUAUGGUGAGAGACAUCAGUAUCUGGUUGUUAAUUUACCAGAGGAUGCUUAUAAUCAUGCUGAUGUGGUCUGUACUCUACAGUAUUUUAGUGACUCAAUAAAUGCCUAAAUAGUUUUUUUUAAAAUGCGUUUUAGUUUUUAAUAAACAUUUAAUGGCCUAUAUGUAAUCAAUAAAUGGCCUUUGCCUAUCUUAAGAAAAACUCACUCAGAACUCUAUGUUAACAGUACUAAAUAAAUCAAUAAAUACAUGCAUACACACAAAAAUAAGUUAAUACAUUAACUGUGUUAAGAUAAGAUUUAGAUUUUUAAAAAAGUUGUUUAUGUUUUUGCAGAAUCCAGUCUUGCUCACUGGUUGGUCAUUACAUUUUAUUAGUUUGAUUUCACUGUUUAAAAUGAUGCCACCUCUUUUCAGACAGAACCUGUGAUAAUAAAACAAUACAAAAUUUUUAGUUCCGUGUUAAUAAAGCACUUAAAGCUUUAAGUAUGGCUAAAUGCUUUUUUCAAAAUUAAAUAUAUCACUCCUUAGGUGGUAGUGGCCCCAAGUUCAGUAAAGUUGGAAAGAUAUUCACAGAUUCCGACUUCCAGCAUCAAUAACUCAUUAGAUAUAGGUUGUCAAAACAUAAACGGUGCCUCUUUCCCAUUGUUGCAAGGAAGACAAUGUGCUACAAGCCCAGUUUUAUCAAAAGUAGCUGUCCUUCAAGCUACAGGAAUAACAUUGGUGUCUAUGGAGUGAACAGGGUCCGUCUGCAAUUUGCAAAACCGCUGCAACAGUAAAGAGAGACAAAUAUUCAAUAACUUCACUCUUCUACAUUGUAGUGUCACUAAAACGAUCCUUCCAUGGUCUAAUAGUUCUGACCAACAUGCUGAUAUGAGCCUUAAAGUUUACCCAGAAUGACCUUUUUAAACCAAUGAUUGUUUGUAGGACUCUAAACUGUUCACACUAGGAUACAUCCCAUAAUGCCCAUGAUCACAGUUGGUUCUAGAGAAAAUCAACAAAAAUCAUAUUUAAUGUUUAGACUGUGAUCUGGAUGGAUGAAAUUGUUUUGUUUUGCAACAUUUUGUGAUCAUUUUAGUCUGUUUCUCUCACAUUUUGGUUGUUUUACAUCUUUUGGUGAUAAUUGUGCAUCAAAUUUAGGUUGUUUUCUGUCACAUUUUGUUCAUUUUGUGUCACAUUGGAGUUGUUUUGCAUCUUGCUGUGUUCAUUUUGCAUCACUUAAACUGCUGUUCAUACUAUGAUGCAUCUAAUAAUAUUGAUGCUCAAAGAGGGUUAUAGAGAAAAAGAACAGAAACCAGAUUUAUUCUUCAGACUGAGACACCUGGAUGGAUGUAAAACUGAUCUGGAGUCAGUUUUUAGCAGAAUUCAGAUGUGUUUUUCCACCUAAAAUGUCAUCUGUCUAUCUGCUGUACUGAUGACAUGAUGUCAUCGAUGAUGCCAACUGUGAUGUCAUAAGGCUCAUUUGCCUACACUGUACAUUUUGAAUGUCUUUAUUAUGAUGUCAUCUGUGAUGUCAUCUGUGAUGUCAUAAGUGAUUAGAAAAUGCUAUAAAUUCAGGUCAGAAAAUUCAGGAUUCCACACUCCUUCGUGACGACGCCGAACCAUGGACCGAGAACCAACCAGAAGAACCGUGCAGAACCGUGUACCGAAAACCGAAAACAUGUCGGGAAAUGAACAGCAAUUAGGACCUGAAUGGGAAGACAUGAUGGAGACCAUUGUUGACUUUGAUAAUGAGAUGGAAGCGCUGAUGGAAAGUAUUGUUCCAUUAGACACAAGCAGCGACCAAUCUGAACCGACCACAGUGGACCAGUGUGAACUGCAGACAGAACAAACUGUCUGUCUGUCCAAAGAAGAUGUUCUGCCAAUCAUAAAACUGUCUUUGAGCAGAAUCUCGGAACUGCAGUGGAACUUGUUGGCUGCAGGUACUACCGACUGUGCGACGGUUAGAGUUCUGAGUGAUGUGAUAUCCAACAUCACUCAGGCUCUUGGUGCAGAAGUCGUCAGACGGGUAGUCCGUGACAUUCCUGAGCUCAAAGCAGCAUCAGCGGCUGGCAGACAGAAUGUUAAGCUUUCUCUGGGAGACUCCAUCUCUGCCAGUGUUGCAGAGUCUCUCAGCCUCCCAGAGAGAAAAUUGAAGAGCAUGAAACAGUUGACAGAACUUAUUGAGAUGGAAGUUUCAGAGCAGGUGAACUCUGCUGUGUCUCUGGCCAUCAGCAGUUCUGUUUUACCAUCACAACUGGCCACUAAUAUCAGCGGCUCCGAGUCCAGCAUCAGAAACCUGAAUCAGUUGGUGCUUCAAGCGGCUGCAUGUCUGAAAAAAUAUGCAAAGAAGCUGUGCACACACUGCUCAGUGGGAAACCUGCUGCUCUGUUCAGGGGAACCAAAGGAGGCUCACACUGAGGAGGUUUCUGGAACUGUAGAGGAGGACAUCGUUGUGAGCUCAUGUAACGAAGAAAACUUCAUCACUGAGCCAGAGGUUCUUGCUGCUGGACACAAACGUUCUCCAACACCCGCCGAUCUGAGUCCUGUUCUGAGUCCCGCUGUUGCUGCAGCAGAUUCCAAAUCUGUCUGCAGUAAUGAUGAGGGUGAUGAUGAGGGUGAUGAUGAGGGUGAUGAUGAGGGUGAUGAUGAGGGUCCAGCUGAAGUGUCUACACCGGUUGUAGCCCUCAGGGACUCUGAGUCUCUUUCUGAGUCUCUUUGCAGUUUGGUUUCAGUCCAUGAAGAGCCUGAGCCCCAUCAGAGCUCCUCUUCUGCAGAACCGAUGACCAAACUCAUCGCUGCUUCCGAACCUGAAGCUAAAACCGAAACCCCAGAUAUUCGUUCCAACAAGUCCCAAGAUAGCGCCGAUGCUAUCAAUGCUCUGCUAGUGAGGGUGCUGUUGAAAUCCCUUGAUAAAUCCAGAGACCCUGUGAUCACCAAGGACUUCCAGACUGUCCUGAACCGUGUGCUUGCCCUGCCGCUGGAUGAUAUCAGCGUUUCUGCCAGCAGAAUCAGCGAGACGAAUAAGAAAAUAUCCAAGUCCAUGUUGAAAGAUCUUCACAAGGAGUUUGGAUCUGCAGAAAAUCUGCUGAAGGCAGCUUUGACAGCAGAAGAUCCAUCUUUUGAUUAUGCUCUGCUGAUGAUUUUAAAAAUUAAUUUGAAAAUCAUUCCUCGGCCAGAUAGCAUGAAGUCAGCAGUUGAAAGGUUCCUCUCAGCGAUCAAGAGACGGUUCAAAAGGAACAAGCAAGAUACCAACGAUGACUCUUCAAAAUAAUGUCUUCAUCCAUCUUAAGAAAACAGCACCGAAAGCAUCUUUCCUUCAAGAUGAAUGGAUGAUCUGAUUAAUAGACUUUAAUAAUUAGAUUAACAAACUUUUAGAAUUAGAUUAACAAACUUUUAGAAUUAGAUUAACAAACUUUUAUAAUAAAACAGAGAUCAAAAAUUAAACUUCAAAUUUAAAAUAUAACUAAAACAAAUGAACUCAAAAUUCAAAAAAAAAAUAAAAUAAUAAAAAUCAUAAUACCAGAACAUGUUUUCUAUUUGUUGACUGAGUGCAGCAGCUUUUCAUGAAUUCUUUCUUCUCACUUCAAUCCAACAACAUGAGUUUCACCUCAGAAUUUGUUUGUUCUGAGUGACUUUAACAGACUUUUCUGACAGGUGUUUUCUGUAGAAGGUUUAUCAGUGAGACUUUAGUUUCAACAUUUCAAUUCAUCACAUCAGUGAAGUAAAAGGAAAUGAAUUAACAUUGAAAAUAGGUUUAGAUUUUGGUUGCUCUGUGACUAAACUCAGGUUGAAAUAAUUAUUUUAACUCUUGCGCUUUAAUUUUAAAAAGUUACACAAAUGUCCUUCAGUAAAAAAAAACUCUGACAGAUAUUAUACAUGAAUAUUAAUUUCUAUUUUCACUGAGUAAAUGUUUGAACCAACAUUAGCUCUGGUCAUAGAAAACAAAUAUUCAUUCAAGCUUUAAGUAUGGCUAAAUGCUUUUUUCAAAAUUAAAUAUAUCACUCCUUAGGUGGUAGUGGCCCCAAGUUCAGUAAAGUUGGAAAGAUAUUCACAGAUUCGGACUUCCAGCAUCAAUAACUCAUUAGAUAUAGGUUGUCAAAACAUAAACGGUGUCUCUUUCCCAUUGUUGCAAGGCAGACAAUGUGCUACAAGCCCAGUUUUAUCAAAAGUAGCUGUCUUUCAAGCUACAGGAAUAACAUUGGUGUCUAUGGAGUGAACAGGGUCCAUCUGCAAUUUGCAAAACCACUGCAACAGUAAAGAGAGACAAAUAUUCAAUAACUUCACUCUUAUACAUUGUAGUGUCACUAAAAUCACUGCAGCCUUCAACUGGCUCCUGUUGACAAAGUGUUUUAACAGAAAUGUAAAUGCUGUAAUGUGAUUCUUUGAAUGAACCAUGUAACUUGAAUGGAUGUGAUGCUGGUGUGACCACAGUGCACACGUCUGAUGUUGCUCACAGUGGUCCAAGGGACGCUCAGGGAGUUUGUGUGUUUGCUCAGACUCAUGAAAAAAUACAGGGAACAUUGCCAGAGAAUAUUGCAAAAUCUAUACUACACCAAACUGCAGGUAUGUAGUAUAUAAUACCACAGCAUCUGCAUUACACAGCACUACAGUAUCUGUACUGUGUAGUACUACAAUAUCUGUACUGCACAAUACUGCAGUAUGCGCACUACACAGUACUAAAGUACGUGUGCUGCAGAGUGCAGUAACAUUUGUACCGGAGAACACUGCAGUAUCUGUACUACAAAGUAGUAUAGUGUUUAUGCUACACAGUACUGCAAUAUCUGUACAACAGAGAACUGCAGUAUCUGUACUACACAG